AAGAACAAACAAGAGACAUUUUCGUCCGACUCGUCUCGCUGCGAAAGCUCCGCCGCCGGGCCGACGAUGGACCCGGACCCGAACCCGCCGAAGAGCUGGAGCAUCCACACCCGGCAGGAGAUCGUCGCCAGGUACGAGAUCCUGGAGCGCGUCGGCGCCGGCGCUUACUCCGACGUCUACCGCGGCCGCCGCCUCUCCGACGGCCUCCCCGUCGCCCUCAAGGAGGUCCACGACUACCAGUCCGCCUUCCGCGAGAUCGAGGCCCUCCAGAUCCUCCGCGGCUCCCCCAGCGUCGUCCUCCUCCACGAGUACUUCUGGCGGGAGGACGAGGACGCCGUCCUCGUGCUCGAGUUCCUCCCGAGUGACCUCGCGGCCGUGAUCGGGGACGCCAAGAGGGGGAGGGACGGCGGCGGGGGGCCGUUGCGGGCCGGCGAGGUCAAGCGGUGGAUGCUGCAGGUCUUGGAAGGGGUCGAUGCGUGCCACAGGAACUUGAUUGUUCAUAGGGACUUGAAGCCUGGGAAUUUGCUUGUGUCGGAGGAGGGAGUGCUCAAGAUCGCCGAUUUCGGGCAGGCAAGGAUACUCCUGGAUGAUGGAAAUGUUGCUCCAGACUAUGAGCCUGAAUCAUUCGAAGAGAGAUCAUCGGAACAGGCCGAUAUCCUUCUGCAACCAGAAACUAUGGAGGCAGAUACUGCAUGUCCAGAAGGUCACACUAGUCAAGAGCAGGGAGCUAUCACUAGGGAGGCAUACCUCAGAGAGGUGGACGAAUUCAAGGCUAAAAACCCUAGGCGUGAAAUCGACAAGGAAACGAGCAUAUUUGAUGGCGAUACUUCUUGUCUGGCCACAUGCACGACCAGUGACAUCGAAGAUCCUUUUAAAGGUUCCUAUGCUUAUGAGGCCGAAGAGGCUGGAGAAGAUGCACAAGGCUCUCUCACAUCUUGUGUCGGCACGCGCUGGUUCAGGGCACCUGAACUGCUCUAUGGGUCCACAGACUAUGGGCUCGAGGUUGAUCUCUGGUCACUGGGAUGCAUUUUUGCCGAGCUUUUGACUCUGGAACCCCUUUUCCCUGGGGUUUCCGAUAUCGACCAACUUAGUAGAAUCUUCAAUGUUUUGGGCAACCUGAGUGAGGAAGUCUGGCCAGGCUGUACGAAACUUCCCGAUUAUAAAACAAUAUCAUUCUGCAAAUUCGAAAACCCUGUCGGUUUGGAAUCCUGCCUCCCCAACCGCUCAAGUGAUGAAGUCUCUUUAGUUCGGCGACUUCUUUGUUACGAUCCAGCUGCAAGAGCCACUGCCGUGGAACUUUUGCAAGACAAGUACUUUGUUGAAGAACCACUUCCAGUUCCGAUUAGUGAGCUCCGGGUGCCUCAAUCAAAGAAUAGCCAUGAUGAGGACUCUCCAGGUGGUUGGUAUGACUACAAUGACAUGGACUCGGAUUCUGAUUUUGAGGACUUUGGCCCUUUGAAGUUCACGCCUACAAGUACUGGUUUCUCCAUACAGUUCCCUUAGUCAUCACGAGAAUGCGGGGAUUGAAUUUGCGAGUACUAUGUAAAAUUUUGCUGUUAUUAUCUACCGUAAUGCUGUAAGGCGGUUGAAAUUCUAGAGGUAAAUUUUGUCAACGUUCAUAUGCUUGCCGUUCUAAAGGAGGGGGACAUGUCUGUAAAAGACCAUAAGAGCGUUAUAUUCCUGGUGUCAUUUUUUCCUGUAAAUUUCCUUCACCAUAGAAUCAAAUUGCCAUCGACUUGUCAUC